AAACUAUUAAGGGUGCAACAACUGGUUUAAUUUCUGGCACUAUCUGGGUACUGUUGUUGCCACCUGGAAUCAUGUUCCUCGUGUUGAGAGAAACGUUGCUCUUCCAGGCCUCAUAAGAACUUUCAAGAUGAUGGGCAACUAUGCAUUGACCUUUGUUGCCAUAGGAGGAGUCUACAUUGGUGUUAAGCAGUUGGUGCAGAACGCUAGGAUGAAGAGGGAUCUUGUCAAUGGUGCUGUAGAUGGUUGGUCAGUUAAUGUGUCUGCAAAUACUGGCACUGGAAGAAGUCAAUAUGUGAAUGCUGGAGAACUAAGUGGCAGCACUUCUUCACAUGAAGGACUUAACAAGCUGAUGAACAUAGGGGUGUUAGCUUUAACACUGAUUUGCUACAUAGUGAUAUUAUAGCGUAUAUAAACAUUGUGGGAGCAUAGAACUAAGAUGUAUUUUUUCCUAUGUAAAUUCUCUUGCCGGUACAUAUUUAUUUGUCGCAAUCGGCCAAAACCAAACCCACAUUUAGUAUUUUGAAUGUUGCUUCUUGUGCUUCAUUUACGCAGUGUUAUUGGUUGGUUUGUCCAAAUUAGCUAUAGCUGAUUCUGUUGGAUACUAUCAGACAUGUAGAAUCAGUUCAUUAAUUUUUAUUAAUUUUUUGCAGUA